CAGACGGAGUGAAGUGUCAGACGCUGUUCUUCUGAAGUUUAACAACUUUUCUCUCAGGAUCAAAACCAAAAUGAAAAUCCUCCAUUUUCUCUUCUUUGUUUUCUUGUCAGAUGCAGCUGUGCUCGUCAAGGCAAAGCUCAAUAUUUGGUCUGCAGCUGAAGGAGGAAAUGCUACACUUAACUGCUACUUAACUUUGCCUGGAAGCACAAAGUUCUUCUGUAAGGAAAAAUGUGAGCGAGCAGAAGAUAUCCUCAUUAAAACAGAUGGAAUCACAGCUCAGAGUGGGAGAUACAGCAUUAAAUAUAAAGAUGGAUCUUCAGGAAGAGGAAUUGUGUCUUUGACCUUCACACACAUGAUCAAGUCUGACUCAGGAAUGUACAGGUGUGGUUUGGGAAAAUCUUCUGCUCCGGAUUCAUACUCAGACUUUGAGGUCAGAGUUUCAAAUGAUCUGGAUAAAAACUCUGGUUUUACUCGCACAGAAACUGAGGGAGAAACAGUCACAUUGGGAUGUGUUGAUAGUCCAUCUGGACAGAGGAAGUUCUUUUGUAAAAAUCAGUGUAAGAAUGAAGGGGAGAUCCUCAUUGACACAAACACCAACAAAGCUGUGAAUGGCAGAUACAGCAUUGAAUACACAGCAGGAUCUACAUUUGGACUGUAUGCAACCAUCACACAGCUGACCAAGUCAGACACAGGAGGAUACAGGUGUGGUUAUGGAAACCCUCUCUCUCCAGAUUCAUACCACAGUGGCAGUCUUGUUGUCAUUGAUGGUUCAAAUCCACCUACUUCGACACCACAAGCAACAACUAAAACAACACAAACACCACCAACAACAACAGCAGAGAGUCAGAGUUUCACUCCAAAGAUUUCUACGUCUUCAUCAGAUUGCCCUGACUCCUCCUUGGGUCUGGUUGUGUGUGUCUCUCUGAUUGGUGUUUUACUGAUGGCUGUUUUCAUCCUGCUCCUCUACAUUUAUAAGACAAGGAGGAACACUGCACUGAACACCAGAGAAAAUGCAGGCGACAAAAACAUGGAGUUGUCUGGCACAUAUGAGAACUGGGGUCCAACCUCCCAACAUAAAGGCAGUAAGGACCAGGAUCACGUCUACUCUGCUUUGUAAAAAGCAGAAGUCUGAAAAUGCUAAAAUGCUAAUGUUCUGAUGCUUUUUUUUUCUUUUUGGGCAAGUUUAAGAUCUUAUAUAAUUUGCUUUACACAUGCAUGUAUACAUAUAAACAUAUAUAUGAAUUGAGCUUAUUUUUUACAGUUACUUUCUCUAUACGUAUUCUUGACUUCUUUCUUUAUCCAUAAGUCUGACUGAAUGAAACAUUCAUGAACCACAUUUAAUAAUAAUGCAAAGUCUGUAAGUGUACUAAGAUUUGUUAUUGCUGGAGAUCAGGAAGAGUCCAUUAUGUUUUCCAUUUUUAUUGGCAUAUUUAGCAUGGUAGCAAAAAAGCUUCAGUAUAUAACCUUAGCUUUGUAACACUGAGAACAUGCUUAUUACGCUGCAUUAUAAACAAUCGAAAGAGAUCGGUGGAAAUAUGUUUUAUUGGCAGAAACAGAAAACCAGAAGCUUUUUUCUAACAUGCAAUAAAUUGUUCAAAAGUUUACACAAAAGAACACAAGAGGAAUAUCGUCUGGACAUCACAGAUUCUGUACAGCAGCGGUCUGUGGAACUGUAGAUAGUAUUAUAUUGCUAACAGGCCCCUGUGUAACUGCAGCAGCAAAUGAUUAUAACAAAAACAGCAUUACAGGAAAAGGUGCAGAAGUAGCAUUACAUGAGAGAGUGCAAAAGUGGAACACUAACUGCCAUCUAACACAUCUUGAUAAGUAUAGAUCAAAAAGCAGAACUAGGAAGAGAGCUUGACGCACUUAGACACCCCACAAACUCACGCUCAUAGAAAAUGAGGCAAUGGCAGAGAAGAGACAGAGUGGAUGUGCAGAACCAUAAAAGGAGAGAUGAAUUGAUGUGUAAGACCAUAAAAGGAAAAGAUAAGAAUUUCAAAGGACGAGGGAGAUGUUUUGUUUGAAACUGAAUGAAUGGUGCAUGAACGCAGAGUACUGAAUGAGGAACUACAAAGAAGUAUAAAUGUAACAAACUGAGGGAGCGCCCCUCGGAUCAGCAGGAGGCUUUUGCGCUGUGUACAUCCCCCGUGUACAUGGAAGAUUAAAGAAGCUGCUGAACUGAAAA